AUGGCCCAGCCUGCACGCCCAAGCGAAGACGAUGUCCAACUAUCCCGAAAUGUCGAGACUACCACCGAGACUCCCGUGUCAAAUACCAUCCAAGGCUUUGGGUUCCUGAUAGCAUUCACCGAGGAUGAUGUAAGCCGCCUGAAAGUCAGUUGCGCAAGCGACAACUCGGUUCUGUUUACUGGAUACUCCCCGGCUGAGCUGUUUGAGUUGAGGGACUUGGGGAGCAUCUUUGGGCCGGACGAUGUGGAGACCCUGAUCGUCCGGCUAGGCUUUCUCAGGGAGGGGAGAGCUGCAAGGAGCACUGGCGGUCGUGCCGUCUUCAGUCUCUCGCUUCUCACGAAGGAAGGCGAAGCCGCACAGUUCUGGUGCUCAGUGCACCUGAGCAGGAGCUCUCUAGGAUUGAGUCUGGUUGUUUGCGAAUUCGAGCCCCCGGACGACGCCUCAAUCUCGCUCACGGAGCUCAAGAGUCACACAACUGACGUUGCCACAAAGACUUCUCGAAUGGCUCGAAGGAUCGGAAACGAAGGCGGGGAGUUCAACACCAUGCAAGCAAUUGGGAUAAUGUCACAGAUACAAGCGUCCUUCGCUGCCAUGGCAGAUUUGGCGGCCGUCCCCGACACCAUCGUGGCCACGGUGAAAGAGGUCACAGACUUCGACAGAGUCGUAUUGUAUCGUGUUGACGAGUUCAUGGCCGUAAUGAUACUUGACUCUUCUGACAAGGAAUCAGGCAGAUCGCAUCGAUGCAUACAUCUCAGGGGCUCCCAUCGUGCCGGGGACGAGUUCCAUUCCUUGCCCUUUCCGAGCCAGCUCAGGCUUUUACACGAUCGCGACGCGCCACCCGCGAGGCUUGUCUACAAGAAGGAAACUUUUCCCCAACUUCAGCCGAUAGAUUUGGGCCAAUCGUAUCUCAAUGCUGAUUUUCCGACCUUCUUCGACGAACUUCAAGCCGAGGACAGUAAUGCUCGCUCAUCCAUGGCCGUACCGAUCAAUGCCUUUGGGAGACGAUGGGGUCUCGUGAUCUGUCACGCCUACCGACCCGAGGGUAUGCGGAUAUCCAUACCAAAGCGCCAAGUUUGCGAAUUCGUUGGAAGCACAUCCGGCUGCGCUGUCGAGAGGCUAUCAUACGCCUCAAUGUUGGGCAACGCCGAACUAUCACGGACACGACACGAGCCAAUCCAACGGCCCGGCGAGAGCGCUGCGGCAUCACGGGAUCUGUUGCGUCUCUUUGACGCAGACUUUGCUUUGAUGUCUACCACGGGAGAGAUUGGUCGACUCGGCGAGCCGAGCGAGGAGUCGUACGCAGAGGCGAUGGCUAUCGUGCGGGCUAUUCAGCCAUACCGGAGUCAAUCUGUCAUCGUCUCAUCCGACGUGCCGGCCGAGCUACCUGAAAUAGGGAUCCCCGGUGGGCGCACCAUAUCUGGGCUGCUGUGGGCGCCGCUGCAGAUGUAUGGCGGUGAUUUCGUCGUCUUCUUUCAACAGAAGCAGACUUCGCCGCUCCCGUCGUGCGAGGCCGUGCCGUUGACAUCAUCCAGCGAGCCCCAAGAUGUCUCUGUCUCAUCGUCUACCCGUGUGUGGUCUGACAAGCAGGUUCGCAUGGCUACCGCCCUGGGCUCGCUCGGUCGCCAAUUGCCGCGAUCACAACAGUCCAGGGAGGGCGUUUCCGUGACUCUUCAGUCCGCGCUUGCGGUAGCUAAGCUGGAGCCUUAUGUGUAUCGCGCCGUCGGCUCUAUAGUGGAGAGUCUCGACGAUACACUGGGGAUCUUCGGGGAGCAACAUGUUGCAUACUACGAUGUUGAUCAAGCCUACUUUUCAUCUAGAGUGCUUGCGUACUUGCUCAAUGAUAUUCGUAAUUAG